AUGUUAGAUGUGAAAGGUUGCAAUGAAAAGUACAGUGAGAUGUGUUUUAAAAUUGAUUUAAUAAACAUUGUGGAAAAACUUUGUAAAACAAAUCAGAUCAAUUUACUACAAAGUCUGAGUAUCGUCAAAGAAGUAAACAUAAAUGAUACUAGUACCGAGGAAAUAGUUGCUGCAUUGGCAAAAAAUUUUCCCAAUGAUCCAUCAAAACGAUUAAAUGAAUACUUAUUAGCGAAAAUUUCAAACUUCCUUCGAUCGCGUUCAAUGAGAAUUAAAUUGCUAGAUGAUGACUCUGCCAACCUUGUUCAAUUAACAGCACGUAAAGGGGGAUCUGGUGGUCUUGGAGGUGGUAAAAAGGGUUAUGAUGCCUUAAUGGCAGCUGCCUUAAUGAUGAAAGGAACAUUAAUGUCUGUGGGACUUGGUGCAUUGGCAUUAUUGGCUGGAAAAGCUUUAAUGGCAGCUUUAAUGUCUUUAACGUUAUCAGCAAUUGUAGGACUUAAGAGCCUAUCUAGUGGUCACAAAUCAACUACUUAUGAAAUAAUUGCAAAACCACAUUAUACACAUUCUAAUAGUCAUUCUCAAACAGUGGAAGACCAUCAUCAUCAUGGUGUUGGAGGCUAUCAUACAGGAUAUGCUCGCUAA